AUGUCUGUUUUUGCAGCCAUCACCGACUAUUUCAUUUACGUCAUUUCGCUCAAUAAUCAUGGAGCCGAAGUUGCAGCUUGGACGCUACUUACCACGUUGCUAUCGCACUUUAAUUUUACAUACUCGACACGGGCCUCAUCCAAUUCCAUCGAGGCAUGUCUCUCUCUUUUGGCAUAUUAUUUUUGGCCAUGGAGCGGCAGCGACAAAGUGUCAAAGUUGUUUAUUCCUCUAUGUAUUGUGGGCAUAGGAACCUUAAUCCGGCCCACACUAGCCAUUCUCUGGGUCAUUCCAUGGGUCCUCUUGUUUUUCAAGCUCACAGAAAAGACGGACAUGCUGAGAAUGAUAACGAUUUCUGUUUGCCUCAUCAUUGGGCUGGGGCUUUUUGUCGAUUUUGUGUUCUAUCAGCGGUGGCUCUUGACGUGGUACAAUUUUUUCUGCAUCAAUCUUGGAGACGAGGGAGUCAGUUCGUAUUAUGGGACGCAUCCGCUGCUUUGGUACUUUUUCUGCGCGAUUCCCAUCCUACUGGGGCCAUUGGCACCCUUUUUUGUGCUGGGAUCUGAGUUGCGCUUUUUGCUGCCCAUCUUCCCGAUGAUGAAUAUGAUUACGGGGAUCGGGUUUCAUCGUUUUUACCACUCAACAAAAAUCACUCACCGGAAGAAAGCCAUUUUUAUAUCGGCUUCGUUUGCCAUUUCGGCAAUUGUAUCGGUGUUAUAUUGCAGAGGCUUUUCGACCGCUGGAAUUGCCAUCACCGAUCACUUGAACAAGAUCGUUGGCACGAAAAGCGUGUUCUUUCUUUUUUCCCACGCGGCACCUCUUUAUGCUGGCGUCUUGCGACCGGAGGCCAAACUAGACUAUGUCCACAUGGAACCGCCGUUUUUGAAAAAUUUCCCCCAUACAAUGCCUGUGUGUAUGACUUUAUCGUGGCAUGGGAAUCUCUGGCCACAAAAUGCCCCGAUGCUUUGA